GCGUUCAGGGCGAUUUGUUGCAUUUUACUUCUGUUGGAUAUUUUGUUCUGCAUUCUGUUAAAAAUGCCCGCUGAAUCUGACAUUAAAAUCAUGCCUAAAUCAGUGGUCUGCGAGGAAAGCACCUUAAAUGGUGACAUCACCAUCUCAUCGGGCUGUGUUGUGCAUCCAAGCGCUACAAUAAUAGCUGAAGCUCCCAUAGUUCUCGGCGAAAACUGCAUUGUGGAGGAGUAUGCCACCAUAGCUCAUCGGUUGAAAGAUGGUGCUGCAUCAGAUGCCAGUAAUACGCUUCACAUUGGCGCAAACAAUGUCUUUGAAGUCGGCUGCACAGUGGAAGCAGCACGCAUCGGUGACAAAAAUGUGUUCGAAAGCAAAUGCUUUGUGGGCAGCGGUGUUACAGUUUCCAGCGGCUGUGUGGUGGGCGCAGGCAUACAAUUACGCACCGCUCAGGUGCUGCCCGAAAACACUAUUGUCUAUGGACGGCAAGCUCUACAGCGCGAGGCUAUCGAGAAGCAGGGCUCACAGACCCUACAAAUUGACUUUUUGCGCAAAGUACUGCCCAAUUACCAUCACCUGCGAAAGCCGAACUAUGAUCCGAAGAAAGCGCGUAGUGUAGUCUAGACUUAGGCUUAUUUUUUAUUAGCAUACUAUUUAUUAUGUACUCUCGGCAUUCGCAGCAUUAAAUGUAUUCAUUUCCUUCUCAAACGUAA